AUGAAAGUUACUAUCGAUUUUACAACAUUUCCAAAUAUACAAACAACCAACACGACAGUUCAAGAUGCCUAUGAAUCUAUCAAGACAAUGUGUAAUGGUCAGAAAUCACAAAAGUCUAGAAACGUUGGUGAAGCAUUCUCAAUGUUGGUUCGUGUAUUGAUCAGUGCCAAUCAAUCUACAUUGGCUCAACAAGUUGUUGAUUAUCUAAAAUCAUUAACUGAUAAUAAUAAAAAGGAAAAGUCAUAUCUAUUAAUUUAUGUUUCAGCAUUGGUUGGAAGUGGAUCAAGUAUUGAAAAUGCUAUUCCUAUUUUAGAGGAUAGAAUCAUUUCUGGAGAGAUUGAACCAUUCCCAUCGAUUGUUAAACUUCUCAACAGAGCUUAUUCAAUGAAGCAAAGAUCACUUCACAUUCUUCGUAAAUCUAGUGCUGCUGCUGCUGCUUCAUCAUCAUCGACAACAGACCCAAAUAGCUUUACAGUAAAGGGUAGUCUUCACGAGUUUGAUAAAAGUUUAAUCACUUCAACCAUUGACAAUCAAAAAGAGAUUAAACAAAUCUCUGUAUCUAAAAAGAAAUUCUUAAUUUUAUAUACUGAUGGAUCAAUGAUAUCAUCAAAUCAAGAGAUAAAGAAAACCAAUAUUUCAUCGAUUAGUUGUGGACAAGAAAUUUCAAUGGCAUUGACAAACAAUGGAACUGUUAUUUCAUGGGGUUUAGUUGCCAGACAAUUGGCUGGAUCUUUUGUUCAAAUUAGUUCUGGUCAUUCUCAUUGUACAGCUGUAGACUCUAAGGGUCGUUUGUUUACAUGGGGUGUUGGUGCAGGUGGUAGAUUGGGACAUGGAUUGGAUGACAAGAUGACUCACGACCCAAAGCUAGUCGACUUUUUCAAGGAUAAAAUUGUUACCAAGACUGCUGCCGGUAGAUUCCACACUGCAGUGUUGACACAACAAGGAGAAGUGUAUACGAUGGGUCAAAACUAUCGUUACCAACUCGGUUAUGAUGACAUUCAAAUUCCAAUGCACAAUGAUCAAUUACGUGCAGCCAUUGACACUUAUAUCCCAGAGUCUAGCCUAAAGACUGACUUUAAGAACCUACUCAACAAUGAAUUAAACUCUGAUCUCACCAUUGUAUUUGAUCAAUCCUCCAAGGUCCACGUUCAUCUCAUCAUGUUGGCUCGUUUCAAUCCUGCACUCGUUCCACUUUUCACAAAGUUUAAGCAGAUCCAAACGAUUGAUAGUGACACCUUUUUUGAGGAUAUUUUCAAAGCAACUCAUGUCGGAGAUGACAAGUCUACCAUUGGUACCAAGGUACCUUUAAACCAAAACAAUUUACUCAAUUUCCUUGGUAUUGCCUAUGGAAUGGAAGCACUACCAACCAACUUGCUUCCAUUUGCCGAUAUUUUCAGAGGUGAAGUAUUGGAUCACGUCAACAAUAAUCAUAGCAAGAGAAAUCUUCAAGUUGCUCUCUCUUUUCCACAGACAGACUUUACGACUGUGGAUCCAUUCUCUGAUGUUCAUCUCUUUAUUGUCAAUGCUACCACUGGUGUACGUACAACCUACUAUUGCCACAAGAUUGUACUUCAAUCUAGAUCGAUGGGAUUCAACAGUUUGUUGAGUGGUGAAAACAACAAACCAGCAGGUACUGCCAUCCUCCAAAUCGAGAUCAAGCCAAUCUAUGAGAGUGUAUUGGUCAACUUUUUGAAAUACCUCUACUAUGACUCUUUCAAAUUGGAUACCAAAUCUACCAGUGGUAACGAUAUCCUACGUAUGAUCUCACUUUGCACAGAGUAUCGUGUCGAAAGACUCAAAGCUGGUUGUGAAAAGUUGGUUAUUCACUCGGUCGACAAUAACAAUGUCUCGCCACUACUCCAAUUUGCCGUAAAGAAUGAAGCCAACAAUCUCAUCUCUUACUGUGUCGACUAUAUUAACCUCAACAAAUCAACCUUUACCAAUGAAGUUGUACAACAAAAGUUCCCAGCCAACAUCCAAUCUCACAUCAACGCCAAGCGUUUCUAUAAUGUUCUCCAAGGUGGUCAAUACACUCCUCGUCAAGUUGAUUAUUUUAAACAAAAUUCAAUCUUUGUUGCCGAUAUUGAAGCUGGUGAUAAAAUGUCAAUUGCUCACGAUGAAGAUGGAAAUGUCUACCAAAUGGGUAUUGGUUCAAAUCAUACCAAAGGUUAUCCAAUCAUUUCUAAAUUUUCUUCAGACAUUUUUACUGCUGGUACUGACAAAAACAAACCACGUAUUGAUUCAAUCAAGGCUGGUAGUUCACAUGUUGCCAUUCUUUUGGAUAAUCAACAACUUUAUUCAUGGGGUGCUGGUUUCCUUGGUCAAGUAGGUGAUCGUAAUACUUUUUAUCCAACACCAAUCAAAUCUGAAAACACCAAUGAGAUUUAUAAUUCAAUUUCAACCGGUCCUUAUUCAACUUUAUCUUAUAAUGAUAAUGAAUUAAAAAAAAUUCAACAAGAAGAAAAAUUAAUUGAAUCAUCAUCAUCAUCAUCAUCUAAUGAAAAAGUAUCAAAAGAGGAAAUGGAAAAGUUUUUCGAAUCAUUGAAACAACCAGACUCGAACAAGGUGUUGAUUGAAUUGUUUACCGACAAUAGAAAGUCAAGCAACAUGAUGGAUAUUCUUUCCAACAAGGUUGAGACUCUUUCUGUUACAUCAUCAAAACUCUCUGACGAGGAAUCUUCUUCCAAUAUCACUACUAGAAAGCUUUAUGUUGAUGCCAAGAUUCUACCAGAAGACGCUCAAAAACUCAUUUCCACCAGUGGACCAGCAGCAGCAGUUUUAAGAAUCUAUGGUUACGAUUACCAAGCUCUUCAAACUGUCAUUUAUUUCUUGUACAAGGGUACAGUUGCAGUUGAAGGUGAUAUUGUUAUUGAAACAAUUGCCCUUGCCACUCUUCUUGGUGCCACUCAUUUGUACUAUAAAUUGUCUGGAAUGGUGAAUCAAAUGAUGAAUGCUGAAUUGGCCGUCUCUAUUCACAAGGCUUAUCUCUCAAAUCCAGCAACCAAACAAUUGGUGCCUCCAAAUAUUCGUUGUGCCGUUGCCAACUUUAUGAAACAUCAUAAAUCUAGAUGUUCAAAGUAUCUUUAA